GCGCAGUAUGUCUGUGCCAGCUUAGCUUGGGCUGAAAACACACAUUCAUACCCCUCCACCACUCUUUCCCUCUCUCUCUCUCUCUCUCUCUCUCUAUAUCUCUCAAGCCACAUCCAUCUCCAGCAAGCAGAGAAUUAUCAAAACGGCAAGCAUGUCAUCGGACGAAGAAGGGGGAGAGGAGUACCUGUUCAAGAUCGUGAUCAUAGGGGAUUCAGCAGUAGGAAAAUCAAAUCUGCUUUCUCGAUAUGCAAGAAAUGAGUUCAAUUUACAUUCAAAGGCCACGAUAGGAGUGGAGUUUCAGACCCAGAGCAUGGAAAUUGAUGGCAAAGAAGUUAAGGCUCAGAUUUGGGACACUGCUGGCCAAGAGAGGUUCAGGGCUGUCACUUCUGCUUACUAUAGAGGUGCUGUCGGUGCUCUCAUUGUUUAUGACAUUAGUCGCCGUACUACUUUUGAUAGUGUCGGUCGAUGGCUUGAUGAGCUUAAAACCCAUUCUGAUACAACUGUAGCAAUGAUGCUGGUUGGGAACAAGUGUGAUUUGGAGAACAUCAGGGAUGUUAGUGUGGAGGAGGGCAAAAGCCUUGCCGAAGCUGAAGGGUUGUUCUUCAUGGAGACAUCUGCCCUUGACUCAACAAAUGUUAAAAAGGCUUUUGAGAUUGUUAUUCGAGAGAUAUAUAACAACGUGAGCAGGAAGGUCUUGAAUUCUGAUACAUACAAAGCUGAAUUAUCUCUGAAUAGGGUAACCCUUGUUAACAAUGGGAGUGACUCCAAGCAAGCCCAAGGCUACUUUUCCUGCUGCUCCAGGUGAUCUCCGUUCGUCUCAUGUCUUGCAAGUGUACAAGUUACAGGAUUUGACAUGGUUGGCAUGUUGAUUCAAUUUGGUUGGGUGGUCGGUUUGUUUUAUUUAAUUAUUAUGACUUCAGGGCUUUAUUAAUUGCAAAAUAAGUUGAUAUUUAUAGCAAUGAAAUUGUUUAAUUCAAGGUAAAAGAAAGGAUCAAGUUUUUCUGUGCUUUUGAUAGCAGAAUCAUGUAAUUGCACAAGAUAAAGUGGACGGUCAUAUUCCUUUGUGUACUUGUAAUCUUUAGUGGAAAUGUUACACGUAGCUUUUAAAA